AUGGCCAUCGCCGCUUUCUCAGCCAUAUCCAUCUUACUCAUCACCUCCAUCAUCUUCCCCAACCCAUUCUCCGAUCUCGCCCAGCAAUUCUUCUCCCCAAUUCUCAAGAACUCUCCCCCUGAACAACAACCCCCACAAGACCAAUCUUGCAUCAGUAGAACCCAGAAAGCCUCAUACCAGAAAAAAUCCCCAUCCCCUGUUCCAUCUCCAUACCUGCUCUCCAAGCUCCGCGACUACAAACGCCGCCACAAGAACUGCGAGCCUUUCUCCGAACCCUUCAACACAACAUUGAAACUACUCACCGGAAACUCAACCACCAACUCAACUGAAUCCGAUUGCAGAUACGUCGUCUUUACGCUGCACGUAAAUGGGUUGGGGAACAGAAUGCUCGGCAUUUCCUCUGCUUUCCUCUACGCUCUGCUCACCGAUCGAGUCCUGCUAGUCGAUUUUGGCCCGGACAUGGCCGAUAUCUUCUGCGAACCACUUCAGAAUUCCACCUGGUUAUUACCUGACGGCUUCCCCUUCAGAAACCAAUUCUACAGCCCCCAAUUUCGGGAAGCUCAUAGCUUCGGUACCCUGCUUCGUGACAACAACAAUUUCACCCAAUCCGUCCUGCCUCUGCCGCCGCCGAUUCUCCAUCUCUUCCUCUCCUACGAAUACGGCGAUUACGACAAGCUUUUCUACAGGGACGAGAAUCAGGAGUUUCUCCAGUCAAUCCCAUGGCUCACCCUGAGAUCGGAUCAGUAUUUCGUUCCUUACCUUUUCCUGAUGCCUCGUUUCAGGGCAGAGUUGGAGAGGCUUUUUCCUGACAAGGAGACAGUUUUCCACCACUUGGGGAAUUACCUCUUCAACCCUUCGAAUCAAGCUUGGGGGCUCAUCACCCGAUUCUACGACGCGUACCUGGCGAGAGCUGACGAGAGAAUCGGGCUUCAGGUUCGCGUUUUCAACACCAAAGCAAGUCCGAUUCCACUCGUGGCGAAGCAGCUUUUGAAGUGCACACAGAGUGAAGGGAUCCUGCCUCAGCUUCAAGUGUCUACAAAUUCCUCCUUUUCCUCUGUCAAGGUCACCAACAAUACAUCGUCGACGAAGACAAAGGCUGUCCUGAUAGGUUCGUUGUACCGCGAAUUCUACGAGGAGAUGAAGUACGAGUACUGGACGAGAGCGAGCGUGGAUGGUGGUGGAGAAUCGGUUGGUGUUCACCAGGCGAGUCAUGAAGAGAGCCAGAAUUCGGAGAGCAACUCGCACAACAUGAAGGCAUUGGCUGAUAUAUACCUGUUGAGCUUGUGUGAUGUUUUGGUGACGAGUCGUUGGUCGACUUUCGGGUACGUUGCUCAAGCGAUUGGAAGGGUGAAGCCAUGGAUUCUGAACGUUCCGAAUACCAAUUACAGUGGGGAUAGGCUGCCGGAGCGGGCUUGUAGACGGGCGGUUUCAAUGGAGCCGUGUUUUCACUAUCCUCCAAGUUAUGACAUGAAGAAGAAGGUUGUGGUUGAUGGUGAAGUAGGGACGGGCCCUCCUGUGGUGCACUGUGAAGAUGUAAGCUGGGGAUUGAAGCUUGUCAAUGGCCGGCAAAUUGAGAGAUUGGGAUAA